AUGGCCGACGAUGCGGAAUGGAAAUUGAUUCAGAAGAACACCUUCACGCGUUGGGCCAACGAACACCUGAAGGAGAAGCACACCUCCUUGGAUGACCUGCAAUUCGAUCUCGCCGAUGGGCUGCGAUUGAUUGAACUGGUUGAGUCCCUGUCGGGACAAAAAUUUCGACACGUCAACAAGAAGCCGAGCUUUCGCACUCAGAAGCUUGAAAAUGUCACACAGACGUUGCGUUUUCUCGAGGAAUCUGAAGGCCUUCGACUGGUCAAUAUUGGUAAGAAGAUGUUGGUUAGAUCGGCUGUUUUGAUCUUUUAG